UGCUGUACCCAUUUCUUUUGUCCCCGAACGGGCCGUGUUUUGGCAACAUGAGAAUCUAACGUGUAUAUCGCACGCGACCGAUCAACGUUUCCAACCCUACCUGGUGAUCGUGGAUCACCCGGACAAUUUUCGACCACAACUGAACUAUUCGGUACUGCAAUUUCACGACUUGCCACCAGGUCAGUAUGAGUAUGUGAAUAGUGCGGGACUGACUGCAAUGCGGUGUCUGGAAAAUGGUUAUCCCAAAUCCGAGAUCACAGUGACAUGGACAGUCCCUGACACUGUGUGGUGUUGCGAACAGCAUGGCAACGAACUGGUCAUAUCCCCUCAGGCGAUCUAUGGACAGUACGCAGUGAAAUGUCAAGCCAUUCUACAACAUCCACUCAUGACACUGAAUUUAUCUCUAGAAACACGUUUCGGCGCGAUCGGUCCCGUGUUUGUGGCCGAGAGAAAAUUUGCUCCGUACCAAAUGCAAAGAACCGUUACGAAAGUUCUUCUACAGUUACUUUGGGCCGCGGCAUAUCUCAUUCUGACAAUUGCAAUGUCUCAAUUAGUGGUGUUGCGAGAGGAGCCUGAGAUCCUGGACGAAUCGGUGAGCGAUUUGUGA